UAUUCUGAAAUCAGACCCCAGCCGCCAUUUUCUUUCCCAACGAGUUCAUCCUGUCGUUCUCUCUUUUUCUUCAUUUCAUUAUUCAAUUCUGAAAAGGAGAGAGAGAUUAUACAGAAAGAGCUCAGCGAACUGUGUAUGGUGUUAUGUUGCUUCGAGUGGCACUAGGACGCAAUCGCCGUCGCCAUGAAUUGCUCUCUUCCGGCCUCCGUGACCCAUUCCUAUUUCUCACCUUUUCGGCAUCUCUUUCCUUCCUGUAACGGUGCCAGAUUUCCCGGAUUCCAAUUGCAGACAUGGUGCCCGAUCAGGAGGCGGCUUAAGUUCGCUUGCACGGCGGAGCUCUCGAAGUCUGUAUCUCUCAAUUUUGGCUUGGAACUUCAGUCACCAUGGAUGGGGCCCGUUCCUGGCGAUAUUGCAGAAGUUGAGGCAUAUUGUAGAAUCUUUAGAACUGCUGAACGGCUCCACUCUUGUCUGAUGGAUACUCUUUGCAAUCCCUUGACUGGUGAAUGUAGCGUUUCAUAUGAUGUUACACCAGGGGAAAAUCCAAUAAUUGAGGAUAAAAUAGUCUCUGUUCUUGGAUGUUUAGUAUCACUUCUUAACAAAGGAAAGGAGGAUGUACUUUCUGGAAGAUCAUCUUCCAUGAAUUCUUUCCACGUUACAAAUUUAGAUUCAAUGGAGGAUAAUCUUCCUCCACUGGCUGCUUUUCGGAGUGAGAUGAAAAGGUGUUGCGAAAGCUUGCACGUUGCUCUUGAAAACUUCUUGACUCCGGGCGAUGACCGUAGUUUGGAUUUAUGGAGGAAACUUCAGAGGCUGAAGAAUGUUUGUUAUGAUUCUGGUUUUAAUAGAGGGGAGGAUUGUCCCUGCCAUACAUUGUUUGCUAAUUGGAAUCCUGUUUAUCUACAUAAUUUCAAGGAAGAAACAUCAGCAAAAGAUUCUGAUGUAGCCUUCUGGAGUGGUGGUCAGGUAACAGAAGAAGGUCUGAAGUGGUUAAUCAACAAAGGAUUUAAAACGAUUGUUGAUCUUCGAGCAGAGAUGGUGAAGGAUGAAUUCUACAGUGCAUCCAUACAUAAUGCUAUUGGUUCUGCAAAAGUUAAGGUGAUCAAAAUUCCUGUUGAAGUUGGGACAGCACCAACGGUGGAUCAGGUUGAGAAGUUUGCAUCGUUGGUUUCGGAUGGCAGCAAUGGGUUGAUCUAUCUUCAUAGUAAGGAGGGUGUGUGGAGGACAUCAGCCAUGAUAUCUAGAUGGAGGCAAUAUGCUACUCGCAGUGGAGAACAGAUCGUCUCUAAUCAUACUAUCGUUCCGGGUGAUAUUCUCCUUAGAGACGCCUCUUCCAAAUUAGCACAUAAUCAAAAUGGAGCAAAAGAGUCGCUGGAAACUUCUACCGUUGGAAAAACAUUUCCACAUGAAGAAGACGGCCAAUCUUUGCUGCUAGAAAGUGCCCAUCAUAGUUCAAUCAAUGGAAAAAAUUAUGCAGAAACUGAUAAAGUUAGUCUGAAUAUGAAUGGAACGUACAACGGGCCUAUUCCUACACGAGAUCUGUCAUCUUUAAGAGCAGUUGAUAAUGGGGAAGAGCAUCACCCUCUGAAAGCUCAGAUUCCUCCACGCAAUAGUUUUUCAAGAAAAGAAAUGUCCAACUUUUUUAGGACCAAAAAGAUUACUCAAAACUACUUACACCAUCAAUUGAAAACAAAAGUAAAGUCUUCUACGGAGUUACCUGCAAGCAGUGUUCAAAGAUUUAGUGUUGGUGAUAGUGAUCUUAAAUCUGGAAUUGUUGAAGCAGGAAAUUCUAACAACAGCCCAUGUGUGAACGAUACGCCCUCGAAGAUCCAAUUUUCAUCUACUACAAAGAUGAAGUAUGUCAAUGUUGAUAGUCCUGAACCAGCCAAUCCUAUUCUUAAUAGACUUGUAGCUUCUACUGCUGUUGGAGAUAAAUUUCCCUCUAAAUCAGAAACACAUGGCUUAAAGAGCAAUGGUCAAGCAACUUCAGUUUCUAGCGAUGUCGACGUGGAAUAUGUGGAUGGAAAUAUGUGUGCUUCUGCCACUGGUGUUGUAAGGGUGCAAUCAAGAAGGAAGGCCGAGAUGUUCUUAGUUCGAACGGAUGGUUUUUCAUGUGCUCGAGAAAAAGUGACUGAAUCCUCUUUGGCCUUUACUCAUCCUAGUACACAACAACAGAUGCUUAUGUGGAAAUCCACUCCUAAGACUGUAUUACUUCUCAAAAAGUUGGGUCAAGAGCUCAUGGAAGAAGCUAAAGAGGUUGCCUCGUUCUUGUAUCAUCAAGAGAAGAUGAAUGUCCUUGUUGAACCUGACGUUCAUGACGUAUUUGCAAGAAUUCCCGGGUUUGGAUUUGUCCAAACUUUUUAUAGUCAAGACACCAGUGACCUGCAUGAGAAAGUUGAUUUUGUGGCAUGCUUGGGUGGUGAUGGGGUUAUUCUCCAUGCUUCAAAUUUAUUUAGAGGUGCUGUUCCCCCAGUUGUUUCGUUUAAUCUCGGGUCUCUUGGAUUUUUGACUUCCCACACUUUUGAUAGUUGUAGGCAGGACUUAAGACAUGUCAUUCAUGGAAAUGAUUCAGUAGAUGGUGUCUAUAUAACUCUAAGAAUGCGUCUUCAGUGCGAAAUUUUCCGAAAUGGCAAAGCUAUUCCUGGGAAAUUAUUUAAUAUUCUUAAUGAGGCUGUUGUUGAUCGAGGUUCGAAUCCGUACCUUUCCAAAAUCGAAUGUUACGAACAUGAUCGACUCAUUACAAAGGUCCAGGCCGAUGGAGUCAUUGUGGCUACACCUACUGGAAGCACUGCUUACUCUACCGCAGCAGGGGGUUCUAUGGUGCAUCCGAACGUUCCUUGCAUGCUUUUUACUCCAAUCUGUCCCCAUUCUCUCUCAUUUAGACCAGUUAUACUUCCCGAUUCUGCACGACUCGAGUUAAAGAUACCGGAGGACGCACGGAGUAACGCUUGGGUUUCCUUCGAUGGAAAGAGAAGGCAGCAACUCUCAAGAGGCGAUUCCGUUCGGAUAUCCAUGAGCAAGCAUCCACUCCCAACUGUAAACAAGUGUGAUCAAACUGGUGAUUGGUUUCGCAGCUUGAUUCGCUGUCUGAACUGGAAUGAAAGGCUUGACCAGAAGGCCCUUUGAAGCCAUUCCAUGAACUUCAUUUCAAAUCAAUAAACGAGUUCUCUGUAAAUCACUGUACAUACACACAAAAUUUGGCUUUUACAGUAUAUGAGUUCCUCAAAAGUGAAAGAGAAGAUGGUAGGGAAUACUUGUACUUCAAUGGAUACUUAAAAAAUGAUUAAUUUAU